AUGGCUCGCGUUCUGAACACUCGCCAAACUCGAGCAAAGCUGACGGCCACUCAGAAAGCAGAACGGCGCAAUAAACUGGACACUUUGACAGGUGCCAUCGACAAUGCCAAGGAAGCAUAUGCGCAGGAGGCUGUUGACAUUGCACAGACACAUGGUCGUUCUCUCAAAUGGACUCAUAGCCAAUUGUUUCUCAAGAGUCGCAUGUCACAACAGCGCCAAGGUGUUAACUCAUGGAACGGUUUUAUCAAGGCGAAACUUAGGGAAGAAAAUGAAGAUCGUAAAUGCGGUGAUCGUAUUAAGCUUACACAGUUCAUCGCUGAAAAUAAGGAUGAACUCCUUGAAGCUUAUUCACACCUCAUGUUUGCUGAAAAGCGUGCUUAUAACACAGAGGCCAAACGUCAUGAUAUCAAUGCAACAUUCACAACAAUGGACCAUGAGUGGAUGGCUCUCUGUGCUCGAACUGGCACAGAGGGCUUUUAUGUUGCAGUGCAUGGGUCCAUCGAAGAUCUCUCGGAACCCAAGGUAUUUUUCACUCAGAAGGUUGAAAAUUUUGUCAAAGAGGUCCUUCACGUCAAACCACGACACUUAGGUCUCAAAUUAGAGGCUUUUGUGGUUAGCGGUCUCGAUGAGAACACAAUAAUCACCUAUCAAUGCCCCUUGAAUAAACUCGUCAGUGACUGUCGCACAAUCAUUCAAGAAGAGCUCGAAUCUAUCGCGCUUGAGAAGAAUAUCAAGAAGGCUGUCCAAAUGAACUACGUCAACUACGAGCACAACAUAGUCGAGCAUUGUGGUGUUGCUCUCGUGGGCUGGCCACUUCCUGGACCUGUUUGCAACCCAAGCAAAGUUGGUGGAAGGGCCGAGGUUCAAAAAUUGCUCGACGCUCUACAAAGAGAUCCUCACCACACAGAAUCUUGCCAUUGGGUCGUGCUCACAGAUGAAGAAUUGGUUAAACGAAUGACUGAAAAUCGGGCACGCCAUGCACGCGGAGAAACGGUAUAUGUUGCACGAAAGAAGAGGAAGGUUAUGGGUCAAGAGCACAAGAGUAAUGCCACCAUCAACACCAAUACUGAAGACUCAGAUGAUACCUCCUCCAGUGAUGAUACCUCCGCCGGCGAUGAGUAA